CAUCAUCAGUACGAAAGACGCGUUCAAUGAGAUUUGUUUACGUAGUUUGUCGUCGUGUGUGCUCUCUUACGAACAUUUUUCGUGUCUCUCUUUCUCUCUUCUCUUCUCUUCUUUUCCUUUUUUAUCUUUUUAAUAAUUAUCAAACAAAUUAUUAAAUUAAUCGUUAACUAUACGACACACCGCGUAAUUCUAAACCCAACGAGUUUUAAUAUUUUAAUUGACGUUAAUUGAACUAUUUAUGUUUUGUAUUAUUUUCACGUUGACAGUGUCUUUUAUAGUGAGAGAAAAGAAAUAAAAUAUAUAUAUAUAUAUAAGAGAAGAAGAUACAAGUUCCAUCUUUGGAAAAAAAAAAAAAGAGUUGAUUCCGAUAUUGGAUAGUGGAGAAAGAAAAAAUAUGCCGGCAUCGAAAUCGAAAUAAAAAUUUUCGUUCAUAAGUUUCAUCACGUUCAGUUUAACAAUUAACCGUUGAAAAGAAAAAAAAAAAGGGAAAAACGUAAACGACGAAAAUAAGGGAAGAGCAAGAAAAAUGACGGACAUUAACAAAGAUGACAUCAAACAAAAAGAAAAAAUCAAGAAAAUAUUCAGCUGGAGUGAUGGAAUUAUCAACGAAGACAAUACUACAGACGGUGGUGGGGGUAUAAUAAACCCAAAUUUUUCAAUGGAAGUUAUACAAAACAAUGCGGAAAGUAAUCUCGAUUUAACAAUGGUCACAACAAAUAUUCCUUUAUCCACGCCAGGAUUAAAUAAUCCUUCUUGGAAUCGGCAACAAGCAGUCAGCGUUAGACACGCUUUCAAAACUUAUGGCAGUAGUAAAAAUCCAAAUCACGUUAUACAAAAUCUCAGUAUGACGGUAUCGAAAGGAUCAAUAUACGGUCUACUGGGAGCCAGCGGUUGUGGCAAAACAACAUUACUAUCUUGCAUCGUUGGCCAAAGACGCUUAAAUUCUGGCGAGAUUUGGGUUUUAGGUGGGAAACCUGGAACAAAGGGUUCCGGUGUACCCGGUAAAAGAGUUGGUUACAUGCCACAAGAGAUAGCGCUUUAUGGUGAAUUUACGAUACGCGAAACUAUGUUAUACUUUGGUUGGAUAUUUGGCAUGGAAACACCUGAAAUUGUCGACAGGUUGCGAUUUUUACUUCAAUUCUUGGAUUUACCGUCGCAAAAUCGACUCGUCAAAAAUCUCAGCGGUGGCCAGCAAAGACGGGUCUCGUUCGCAGUGGCUCUCAUGCACGAUCCUGAACUUUUAAUACUCGACGAACCAACCGUAGGUGUUGAUCCAUUACUCAGACAGAGACAAAAAAUAACACAGAAUAUUGGAUUAAUGAGAAGUGGACGUUUAUUAGCCGAAGAAUCACCACGUGCACUUCUCACUAUGUACAAUUGUACAUCGCUCGAGGAAGUUUUCUUAAAAUUGUCUAGGAGACAAGGACAAUACUCCCAACCUCCUACGGAAUUAAAUAUUUCUAACAAUAUUAGCUUGGCUUCAUUAAAUUGGGGAAAAAAAGAUGAACCAGUCUACGUUACGGAAGAAUCUGGUGUGGUUGGUUUAAAUUUUUAUCAAAGCAAAGAAGUUCUCAUUCAUGAUGUAACAAAUGGUGUUGGCAAUCAUUAUGACCUCACUAAUAAACCACUACACGGAAGUAAAGUCGACAAAACGAUGGAUUGUAAUAAUUAUAUCGAUUGUUACAAUAUUACCAGUAUAGGAAAAAUAAGAGCACUCUUGCAAAAGAAUUUCUUGCGCAUGUGGAGAAAUAUUGGUGUUAUGUUAUUCAUUUUCGCAUUACCAGUAAUGCAAGUAAUUCUCUUCUGUUUGGCAAUUGGAAGGGAUCCAAUAGGUUUAAAGUUAGCUAUAGUAAAUCACGAAAUGUCUUAUGAAAAUAUGACGUGCCCUUUCACGGAUGGCUGUGAUUUCUCUUUUCUAAGUUGUCGAUAUCUUAGAUUUCUCGAUAACGAAACGAUUAUAAAGAAUUAUUAUCCGGAUCCUGGUGAGGCACAAGAAGCUGUAAGAAACGGUGAAGCAUGGGGAAUGUUAUAUUUCACGGAAAAUUUUACUGAUGCGCUUGUCGCACGAAUGGCCCUUGGAAGGGAUUCUGACGACGAAACUCUCGAUCAAAGUGAGAUCAGAGUUUGGUUAGAUAUGUCCAAUCAACAAGUUGGCCUAAUGUUGAUGAGAGAUCUUCAAUAUUCUUACCGGGAUUUCGCUAAGGAACUCUUGACAGCUUGUAAUGAAAAUUCAAAAUUGGCUGAUGUUCCCAUUCAAUUUAAGAAACCAAUUUAUGGCUCGAACGAGCCAAGUUUUACGGAUUUCGUAGCACCCGGUGUGAUACUAACCAUCGUAUUCUUCCUGGCGGUUGCACUUACCUCAUCGGCAUUGAUCAUUGAAAGAAUGGAAGGUCUGCUGGACAGAAGUUGGGUAGCCGGAGUAACCCCUGGUGAAAUUCUUUUCUCUCACGUGGUCACCCAAUUCGUCGUAAUGUGUGGUCAAACUGCAUUGGUACUAAUCUUCAUGAUAUUAGUUUUCCGAGUCGAAUGUAAAGGCGAAAUCGGAUGGGUUAUUAUCUUGACUAUACUUCAAGGUCUUUGUGGCAUGUGCUUCGGAUUCGUAAUUUCUGCAAUUUGCGAACUUGAAAGAAACGCCAUCCAGUUGGCCUUGGGUAGUUUCUAUCCCACCCUCCUUCUAAGUGGUGUUAUAUGGCCCAUAGAAGGUAUGCCAACAGUUUUACGAUACGUUUCACAAGGUUUACCCUUGACAAUGGCAACCACAGCUCUCCGUUCGAUGCUAACUCGUGGUUGGAGUAUAUCAGAGCCAGAUGUGUACAAUGGUUUUAUUUCAACCAUCGCUUGGAUUGUGGUGUUCCUCACGAUAAGCAUGUUGGUGCUUAAGUUCAAACAUAAAUAGAGAAAACAAAAAAGAAACGGGUGCAUUUUAUUAAUAAAUAGAGCAGAGUUUAGAUACAAGAGGGUAAACGGGAUCGGGGUUGUUUGUGAAAGGGAGAGAAAAAGAAAAAAAAAAGAUGAAAGAACGUCUCUUGUUGUAAAUUAAAAAUUAAAUUUUCAUCAUAUACGUGAGUGUAUGUGUGUGUUAGUGUGUAUAUCAUAGAAACGGUAUGGAAGAAGAAUAGAUGGAGAAAAUAUGUAUGGGGUUGAGGGAAGUUGAAGGGGGAGAAGGAAGAUCUAAUAAGAGAAACAAAUCAUUUUUACGGGUUAUAAUAACUUUUCUUAUAUUCUUAUUUUUUUCUCUAUCUAUCUUUCUCUCUCUCUCUCUCUCUCUCUCUCUCUCUCUCUCUCUCUCUCUCUCUCUCUUUUUCCUUCUCCCCGUAAAUUAUCAUUGACGAGAUCUAUGAUGAUUGUGCGCGAACGUAUCUGUAUAUAUAUGUUGUCAAAAUGGUGAUUUUUAGCAUGAUAUAAACGUGAUUGUAUGCGUA